AUGUUGCCAGACCCAGUAACGGUGCAGAUUCCCAGUUCCUAUGAAGCCCUCCCGGUCAAGGAUAUCAAGGUCUCACAUUACCCCGAAGGUGCUGCGGAAGCCACUCCGGUGGUCUUGGUCACGCUAAAUCGCCCAAAGCAAGGGAAUGCCUUCACGGUCCAGAUGAUGCGCGACUUCGAGUUGGUGUACCCGAUGUUCGACCUCGACGAAAGGGUUAAAUGUAUUGUGAUCACCGGCGCAGGCAAGUUCUUCUGUGCCGGCGCAGAUCUCGAUAUUGGCUUUCCAGGUGGAGGUGAUCGGGAGAGAUUGGUGGACCACCGGGAUUCUGGCGGCCGUCUUAAUCUCUGCAUCUAUCGCUGUCGCAAACCCACCAUUGUCGCUUUCAACGGUUCCGCUGUUGGGCUCGGGAUGACCUUGAGUCUGUCUGCAGCGAUUCGGAUUGCUCACGCAUCGUCGAAAUACGGCUUUGUCUUCGCUAGGCGCGGAAUCACCAUGGAGUCGAAUUCCUCAUUCUUUCUGCCGAGACUUAUCGGCCACAGUAAUGCUCUAUAUCUCCUCACAACGGGAGAUACAUACAGGGGCGACUCGAAGCAUUUCGGAAGCUUGUUCCAAGAGGUUAUCGAGGAUCAGGCGGGAGUGUUGAAGAGGGCGUUGGAGCUCGCAACCACGAUUGCCGAAAAGACAAGCGUUCUAGCAGGCUUUAUGAACCGUGAACUGAUGUGGAGAGGCAAACCUUCGGCUGAAGAAACACACUUGCUUGACAGCGCAGUUCUUUACCACAUGUUUGCCAACCCAGAUUGCAAGGAAGGCGUACGGAGUUUUCUUGAGAAGCGACCGGCGAAAUUUUCUGCUACUCUCGAGCAGGACGGGCCUCCGCUGUAUCCUUGGUUUGCUGAGGUGGACACAGGAUCAAGGCCGACGGCCAACACGCCGGGCAAAGCGAAGCUAUGA